GAUUACUUAAUUCACACCACUAUCUAAUUUAGAGCCUGUUUGGAUGCAAAGUAGAGAAAGACCCCUAAUGGGCAAACUUAACGAAUAUCCCAGGAAUGAGGAAUGAAAUAGCUUCUGCUAUCUACUCACUCUUGCCACUGAGAGCUUUUGAAAGUUUCAAACUCUCAAAAGCACGCACUUAUGACUUAUAUCCAAAAUUUCUCUACUGGAAAAAGUUUCUCUCAAAAUCGUUUGUAAAUAUGGCACUUAACCUUCUUAAGCUCAUCUCCCUGGCAAUCAAAAUGAGCAUUACAAAAAGACCCUUAAUUUGAAGAAGUGGGUCCCAUUAACAAGACCUCGUACCCAUGUUGUUUUGAGUUUGAUUCAGCGACAGAAAGCAACAUAAUUAUGCUCCCAAACGAUGUCAUUUCCUCCGUUGAAAAAUACUCGUUUUUGAUUUCAAAGUGCAUCACGGCGAGGAGGGUGAAACUCGCAAACGCCGUGCACGGUCACCUUAUCAAAACCGCGCUUUUCUUCGACGCUUUCCUCGCGAACGGUCUAAUUGACGCGUAUUCAAAGUGCGGCUGCGAAGAAAGUGCACACAAGACCUUUGGCGAUCUUCCCAACAAGACCACUCGUUCGUGGAACACGCUAAUAUCAUUUUACUCAAAAACGGGCUUUUUCGAUGAGGCGCAUAACCUGUUCGACAAAAUGCCUCAACGGAACGUCGUUAGUUAUAACUCGUUAAUAUCCGGCUUUACGCGCCACGGGCUUCACGAAGAUUCGGUUAAGCUCUUUCGGGUGAUGCAAAACAGUGGUAAGGGUUUGGUGUUAGACGAGUUCACGCUGGUUAGCGUAGUUGGAAGCUGCGCUUGUUUGGGUAAUCUUCAAUGGUUGCGUCAGGUUCAUGGGGUGGCAGUUAUAGUUGGCAUGGAGUGGAAUGUGAUUCUUAACAACGCGUUAAUUGACGCUUAUGGGAAAUGUGGGGAACCCAAUUUGUCGUUUUCUGUGUUUUGUUACAUGCCAGAGAGAAAUGUUGUUUCAUGGACAUCAAUGGUUGUGGCUUACACUAGAGCAUGUAGAUUGGAUGAGGCUUGUAGGGUAUUUAAGGACAUGCCGGUUAAGAACACGGUUUCUUGGACUGCUUUGUUAACGGGUUUUGUGAGAAACGGGGGUUGUGAUGAAGCUUUUGAUGUCUUCAAGCAAAUGUUGGAAGAGGGUGUAAGGCCUAGUGCUCCAACUUUUGUGAGUGUUAUAGAUGCCUGUGCACAGGAGGCGCUUAUAGGAAGAGGUAAACAGGUGCAUGGUCAAAUUAUUAGAGGUGACAAAAGUGGUAACUUGUUUAAUGUGUAUGUGUGUAAUGCUUUGAUUGACAUGUAUGCUAAGUGUGGAGAUAUGAAAUCAGCUGAAAAUUUGUUUGAGAUGGCUCCUAUGAGGGAUGUGGUAACUUGGAACACAUUGAUUACUGGGUUUGCACAAAAUGGCCAUGGGGAGGAGUCACUGGCUGUUUUCAGAAGGAUGAUAGAAGCCAAAGUAGAGCCCAAUCAUGUGACAUUUCUUGGGGUGCUAUCUGGUUGUAACCAUGCAGGUUUAGAUAAUGAAGGAUUACAAUUGGUGGAUUUGAUGGAAAGGCAAUAUGGAGUGAAGCCUAAAGCUGAACACUAUGCUUUGUUGAUUGAUUUACUGGGGAGGAGAAACAGACUCAUGGAAGCCAUGAGUUUGAUUGAAAAAGUGCCUGAUGGUAUUAAGAAUCACAUUGCAGUGUGGGGGGCAGUGUUGGGGGCUUGUAGGGUUCAUGGGAACUUGGACCUCGCUAGAAAGGCUGCAGAGAAACUGUUUGAGUUGGAACCAGAAAAUACGGGUAGAUAUGUUAUGCUGGCAAACAUCUAUGCUGCAUCUGGCAAAUGGGGUGGUGCCAAAAGAAUCAGGAAUGUAAUGAAGGAGAGGUGUUUGGAGAAAGAACCAGCUUGUAGUCGGAUAGAGUUAAGGAAUGCGAGACACGAGUUUGUGGCCAAGGACAAGUUCCAUCCACAGGUUGAAGAGAUAUGUGAAGUGAACAGUAAAUUAGUUCUUCAUUCGAAGGAUGCUGGAUAUCAGCCUUAUACUGAUUACCCUUUUCUUCCUGAUUAUGAUGAUGAUUUCUACUUUAGUUAGGUCAGUAUACUCGCAUUGAUGAGACAUGGUGAUUACCAAGGAUACUACUCUUCAAUCAUACUCCACUCAGUAAGCUUUGUGAGACCAUCUAAUAAGAGUGUGGUAGUUUCCAUGUAGAGAACAUUCAAAUGUCCCUUCAACUCAAUGAUACAAGACUCAUGUAUUGGAGUGAACAUGCAUUGGAAUGUGUAUUAACUGCAACACAAACACACACUAAUGCGUGUUUGGGAGCCAAAUACAAUGGAUGCAACUGGUAUUUUUUCCAAUCCAACGAGAGUUACUUCUAUGUUUGAUUCCUCAGACGCCAAGCGGACGUUUAGAAGCUUUCAAGAAUUAAUCCAAACAUAUCCUAAGUAAUAACUGAAUGUGAUUAUAUUUGGAUUGGUUAGUUUAGUGGCCUUCACUGUACUUGGCUACUGCUGUUGCCGUUGUCUCCUCAUGUCUUGAGACGCAAUACUGGCAUUACAUUUGUAUUGAAAUUUCACCCUAUGGCUACAUCCAAGUACAAUCAUUUGAUUAACUGCAGCUAUUGAUUUGGAUAGAUCAGAAUUAUGAAUGAUCACUGCAAGCAAUUAAUGAGCCUAUCACAAUUUAUUGCCGGCUAUUGUUGUAUGCAAAUGUGUCAUCAAAAUAAAAUUAUCCUUGUUUUGGUCUUGAGUUGACUCUUGUACAGUUGGACACAGUAGACCCUCCUUUUAAUUUUAAUUUUUUAAACUGACCAUAGUCAAGGUUCUUCGAUAUGAUGACAAUUUUAUGGUCAGUGGGGACCACGGUACUUUGAAACUCAUAGCCAAGUUUGUCCACCUCAUCGUUUAUUAUGCUUUGAGAAAGUGAUUUUCUUAGAAACUGACCCCAGUCAAAAACAACUUAUUUUCUUAGAAACUUCCUGUGAGAGUGUGAUUCUAGAAGCCUGACUCUCCCAAAAUUUUGCUUUGAUGAACACUCUAACGUCGCUCUAUUCACCCCUAUUCAGAGCCAGCCUGCGGUUACUAGACCAAAGUUUCCGAGUGUGUAUUUCAGUCAGUGUUU